AUGUUCACAGCCUUUCUUGCGAUCGAGGAUGUUUCUUACGGUUCUCGUGUUGCCUCUCGUGCUCAAACAAAGGGUUUGCAGCGUGGAUUCCAUCCAGAGCUGACUCCAGUGGUCGCCUGUUGUAGGUUUUGCGCAAUGUUUGGCGUUGGACAGAACCUGUUCUACCAAGGGCAGUGCAAUCCGAGUGCCAACUGGGGCAUGCAGGGAAACUGGUUUUUCCCCCUCCAUAGCAACGUGUAUGACGGGCAACACGUCCAAGGAGGCGCGGAGACGGCGACAGUGCCUAUGCAAAUGAGCAGUCCUUCGAUGCAGCCUUUGCAUCACACAGGCUUCCAACCCGCACACAUGACACCUAUGCCGAACCCCCCCGGUGUCCCUGAUGCUUCGCAAGCUUCGACAACAGUGCCUUUGCAAAUGAGCAACCCAUCCUUUCAACCAAUGCAUCAUACAGGCUGCCAACCCACGCAACCGCCUAUGCCAAGCCACUCUGGUUUCCCUGAUGCUUCGCAAACUCCAUCCCAGCCACACGCGUCAAGGGUCCAGCAAGCUGUUGAUAUGCUGUUGCUGCUUUCAGAAGCUGAAAGGACUGAGGUGUUGAAAGCUAUGCCUUGCGCAACAGAAAAGGCUGGCGAUUUUGACAGCACUGUGCGGUGUUUGAUUAACUCCGUUGUCAGCCUUGACCAUCUUGAUGAGAAUGAUCUCAGAGUUGUCGCCGAUUCGCUGAUUGACUCGCUUGGUCGAGUGUGUCAGGGCGUAGACUUGCACCCAUUUAUCACACAGUCCAUGCAUCAUGGCAUCGAGGAGGGUCGAGCUGAUCCAACAAAGAUAGCCGAUGCUGUGUUGUUGCAUAACACUUUGAAUGCACUCCUUUGGAAAGCGCCAAGCCACCUCAACCCCGAUGACAUCCAACGCAUGGAUCGGGGCAGUCCUGAUAAAAUUGCGAAAUGCCUGGCGAUCAACAAGCUCAUGAUUCAGAGGAUUGUGGAGUUGCAGCCGACUGAAUCGCGCAAGUUUUGGAUUCGUGAAGGUGCCAAGCCCAUAGCCACCAGCAGUAAUGAAAGGGACUUCUUCUUCGGAGUAGUUCCUAAAUUAAACCUGCAAGUGGCCAAGCCGGUUGUGCAAGAGUGCGUUGCUUGGAUUGCUACCAACGUUCCUCAGCAGUACAAGAAGGGACAACAUGAGGCUCCUGAAAAACGUAAAGCUCCAACGGUCUCGGAGCAUGCAUCCAGUGAGCCUGCGUCCAAACUGCCCAAGCGUGUUGACUUUGACUUUGGUGCCUACACUCUUGACAAGUUUGAGCAUGAUGCGUCUGCUUUGCCGCGUUCAUUGCCUGGGACCACGCUUCUGUCAGUCAAAGAAGCCAGCAAAGAGCAACCCAUUGAUAGCAGCUCACCGCUGCACGCCGUUGCUGUCAAAUUUGACACUGCCUUGGAAAAGUUGGGUGUUGAGGGUCAAAUCCGUGAGUCCGUCUAUGGUACUUUCAAGCUGGCCACACAAAAUAUUGGCUUGAAGUGUGACAAGCGCCAAGUGCAUGAGCUUCGCAGAUGGGUGGCACGUGCCCUUGCCAUGAAGCACGACGCCGAUGAGUGA